UCACUUCGACUAUUCGAUAGCAACUACAACAAAUAGUUUUUUUACGAAGAAAGUGUUGUGUACUGUAACUAUGUUAUCAUAUUUGUGAUUGUAGAUCUCGGUGUCUACCGUUUUGUUAAUCAUUGCGAAUUCUUGGUGCGUACGGAUGGAGAUUCUAUUUUGAUUGGUUCUUGAGACUCCUUUCUAAUGGAUUCACACAGUGAUAUGUAUAUGCAGAGAGCACUGAGAAUUCCACAGCACUGAGUUUAAUGUAUUUCCAUACAAAAUCAGUGUCGAAAUGUUCGUUAUCAACCAGUUUAACGUAUAAGUGUGUACUAUUCAAAUUAUAUUUCAAAUGAUGAUGAAUAUAGUAAUUUUCGUUGCGUGUAUUACAUACACUCGUCUAAAUCAGUGACAAUGGAUGAAAAGGAUAAAGCUCAACACAACAUGAUAUCCAACCUACCGCUUUUGUUUGCGAACGGAUAUCCAACAUCCCUAGAAAAAAUUACGGAGUCCCAGUUAGAAAAUUUUAUUCCCUUCAUGGUGCAAUGCUCUUUAGGACAUAUAAACUUACCAAAGAAAAUAGAUUGCAGUGAACCAGAAUGGUGGCCUGAAAGCGCUCCUUUCGAGAUUCCGCUCAAAAAGCCGAAAGCAUUUGUUGGGAAUUGGAUGGAAAAAAUGAAAGAAAUUGUGGUUAUAUGCUAUCAAUUUCACAAAAGCCUAUUUCUAUUAAGAUUUUGUAAUGACUUAGCUGCGUAUGAACACGCGAGCUUAAGAUUCAUAAACAAUUAUAACUCAACAACUUCAUUGUAUGACAGAAGGAACAACAAACUGUUGGUUACCUUUCGAAAUGAAAACAUGUCAUAUGAUAGACAACAAAAAAACAGAAAGUGCUUGUUGCUGCAAAAGAACAACAGUUCCAUUAGCGAAAACGUACAGCAUAUGAUGGUUGAGCCACCCCCUUUUGAUAUAUACCUAUGCGACAACUGUGAUGCGGAACUUUAUUCUAAAGAAGCUAUACUCGAACACGAAAACAUUUGUUGCAUGGAGGAUGACGUUAUACUUUGUGAUUCCCCUGAGCCAGAUAACAAAAGUGAUGGGAAAAACGAAGAUAUCGAACAGCGCAACGCCUUUCUCUUAAACUUUAACCUGCAGCCCAAAUCCUCAGAUAAUAGUUUAUCUAAAGAGAAACAGAAAACACAUUCUUUCAGCGAAGAAACAUCAACGGACACAUCAAACAGAAAGAGGCGUUUACCAUCGCGGAGAAAUCGAACAGUUCAUUCGUUUAGUAGGUGUUCGUUUAUCCCAAUUUCAUCACCUGCAGGACAGCAAUUGUUGAAGUCGACAAAACAAACAAUAUCAAUGGAAUAUAUUGCGGAAAGACAGGAACGCCUGGAACGCUUUUGUUACACUCCGUUGAUCAAUAAAUCAAAUACCAGGCAAAAGUAUUUCGAAAAAAAAACAAACACUACAGUGCAUUGUACAUUUAAAAAGUCACAUGAACACAAUUAUCACAUAUAUUCCUUUCCGCGGCGUCAAUUUGUUAAACGCAGGGACACUACUGAGAACUUUUUGUUUUUGAACUCUCCGCUGAUUAAGCAAUGCCGUCCAAUAUCAGUCAGAUUGAAAAAAAUAUCCGAACACGUAAUGGAAGAGCAAAAUCACACUGCAAAUACAAAACUCAAUAUAAGACUAACACGCCACAAUUCGCUCAACUCGCACUGGAGGAUUUCACCCACAAAGGAAGUAGUUGUUGAUACAAUUGACUUAUGCUCCUCGGACGACGAUGAGCAGCCAGAGCCAGCAAUAGGCUCGCCCAAAAGACUUGGCUCGGAUGCACUUACUGUAAUAAAACAUACGCAUAACAGCAGAAAGUUGCCCAGUAGCCGGGCCGUCGAGCCAAGCAAAUGUGCUCCAGAGCCAGAAUCAGUAGUAGUCGAUAAUUCGGUUAAACCCCUACAGCAAUCUUUAUAUAUUUUUUCAAACUAUAAGGCUAACUCUGUAAUUAGUCGCUGUACCGUGGACUCGAUAGCCAAUCAUUCACUGGUUGGUUCUCUGAGUACAACGAAUACUUUUGCUGAUUCUGAGGGACACAGAAAGGAAUACAAUCAGGAAAACUGCAAUUUUUCUAAGAACUUGGUCGCAAUCACAGACUGGUAUGCUCAUUCGGCUAAUUCGGAAAAGAGCACUACAAAUCAGACUACUGAGAGUAGUACGUUUGAUGCGAUUUCCGGGACUCCGCCUUUCAAUGGCACUGGGCGUAUAAUUUCCAUUGAUUUAACUUCUUAGACAUUUUAAUCGAUAGUUAAGUUAAGAAAUUGUUAUUUUACAAGAAAACCUAAACUAAGAAUUACCAUAUAUGAAUAAAUAAUUUGUUUAAAUACUUUUA